AAAACCCUAGCCAGUCGUCACCCAGCCGAAUAGGAAAAUGAAGUUCAACCCUAGGGUUUCAUCCUCCCGCCGCAAGAGCCGGAAGGCCCACUUCUCGGCCCCGUCCAGUGUCCGACGGGUGCUGAUGAGUGCGCCGUUGUCCACUGAUCUGCGCUCCAAGUACAACGUGAGAUCGAUGCCGGUGCGGAAGGACGACGAAGUGCAGGUUGUUCGCGGGUCCUACAAGGGCCGUGACGGCAAGGUGGUCCAGGUUUACCGCCGCAAAUGGGUCAUCCACAUCGAGCGCAUUACCCGCGAGAAGGUUAAUGGGUCGACCGUGAACGUCGGUAUUAACCCCUCCAAGGUCGUAAUCACGAAGCUCAGGCUGGAUAAGGACCGGAAGUCGCUCCUCGAUCGCAAGGCCAAGGGACGUUCAGCUGCUGACAAGGACAAGGGAACCAAAUUCACUGCCGAGGAUAUCAUGCAGGGUGUCGAUUGAGGUUUUAUGUCGCCUCGUUAAAUUUUUUUGUGGGAAAAUUGGAACCUGUUUUGAUUUUAGAUUGUUAUAUUAUUCUGUUAUGGAUCUGGAUCAUUUAUACUUUUGUGGAUCUUAUGAUGACUUACUGUUUGUUUUAUGCUAAAGUUUUGAUUUUUCGCUAGUGAUAGAUACACGAAGGCAUACUGAUCGUAAAUUAUUUAAGACAAAUUCAGUCAAAAAUCCGUUCUGAGUUCUGAUGCUGCAAUCUGUAACUUACACUUGGUACAACAGUUUUUGUCUCUCUCUCAAAUUCCUAACGCUUAUUGAGAGUAGAGACCUUCCAACGAGGAGUUUUUAAGGUUUUAGAGAAUUGCUAGGGGCAGAACGGUUUUACCAUAAGACGUUCUUUGAUUCUAGUUUUUCCACAAUAGGCUUCUCCUGGCUUGAUUUUGGAUUCUUGGUUCUAAUGUAUUUAAAAAUUGCCCAGCUGAUGUUUUGAGCGAUGAUUAAGCAUGUGUUUCGAUACACUUGUAAGUCUGUAACCUUCAAAAUUUUCGAGAAAACAAAAUGAAUAUCAUUUAGGUAA